CUUUUAGAUAUACUGUUCCUGCUUGCCUCUUCUCUCUCUCUCUCUCUCUCUCUCUAGACCAAUUUUUUUGCGCCUGUCUAGUCUACAAACGGGAAGUUAGAAACCCCGAGUGCCUGAGCGCCCGUCGCUAAAAUCUCUGGUGGAAAUGGCGUCGUCGUCGCCUUCGCCUUCCUCCGAAGAAACACAGCAGCGGCAGGAACAGCAAGUGAAGGAGUGCGUGCACAAGACCAAGUUCAUUCAAUUCUUGGGACGCACCACCCCAAUCGUCCUCCAAAACGACAAUGGCCCCUGUCCUCUUCUUGCCAUUUGUAAUGUUCUUUUGCUAAGGAAUAACUUGAAUUUGAGUUUGGACACUGUGGAAGUAUCACAGGAAAAAUUGCUUUCAUUAGUUGCGGAAAGAUUAAUUGAUUCCAACAGUAAUUUCAAUAAUAAGGAUGCAGGCUAUGUUGAAAAUCAACAACAGAACAUUGCUGAUGCAAUCGAUCUGCUUCCUCGACUUGCAACUGGCAUUGAUGUGAACAUCAAAUUUAGGAGAAUAGAUGAUUUUGAGUUUACUCCGGAGUGUGCCAUUUUUGACCUACUGGAUAUUCCACUAUAUCAUGGCUGGAUAGUUGAUCCACAGGAUAGUGAUACUUCUCUUGCUAUUGGGUCAAAGUCCUACAAUGCGCUCACAGGAGAGCUUGUAGCCCUUGAAACGCACAAUAUGGAGGCGAUAUCUAAGAUCAACCUUGAAGAGGAUUGCGUUGAUUUUGCUGCUGCAACAACUGCAACUUUAGGAGUUCCUUCUCCAUGCCUUUCAAAAGCUACAUCUUUUAAUGAUUCUCCAUGUCCGGUCACUGAUUACCAGAAAGCAAGAAAAGGAGACCUUGAAGAAGAAGCAGAGCUUUUGAGAGCAUUGAAGCAGACUGAGGCUGAAAUGCCAACUUCAGUGGGUGAUAGUCUUCUAGACAAUAUUAAUGGAGGGACUCAAACUGUCAGGUCAUAUGAAAGUGUGUGCCUCAAGGAUGUUAUGCCCGUAGAUGAAUUGGAGAAGUGUGCUGGCGUUAAAGACAACAAUUUCCCUAAACUGGAACUGUCUGCAUUUGAUGACUGCAAUGCCAGAAGCAAUGGCAAUGAUCUUAUUUCUUUACAAAAUAAUACAAGGCAAGCAGCUACUUCAUCCUUAAGGACUGAUGUGGGAGUCCACCUUGAUCGGUCAGCUUUUGUGGAAUCUGAAGAAAGUACCCUCCACACCGAUGUGUUCGAGAAUAAUGGUGUUGACACGUUGCUCCAAAGUGGAACUGCUUCCCUUUCUCCUGGAAGAGAAGCUGCAUCUUUUGAUGAGAGUGAUAUGGGUAUUUCUAGAGGCGGUGAAGUUAGGAAGCAAUCCACUUUUACAACCAAUGUUCAUGAGUCUGCGGAUAAACUAGGUGGUGGUUGCACCGAAGAAUUAUCAUGCCUAUCUUCACCAAGUGCCAAUUCAGAUUUACCUAUUGGCAGAAUUCAGCACAUUGAUGCUGCCCAAGCUUUGAGUUCGAGUGUUGAUGGCAGUGAGCCCAUAUAUGAAGGAGAGGAAUGUAUAUUGGAAUCAAGAAAUGCAGUUCUUGAGGACCGGGAGCCUGUGUAUGAAGGUGAGAUGGUUCUUAAAAGCACCAUAGAUGACUGCAGUCCGAGGUCCAAAGAUGAAAUCACUCCACAACAAGGUGAGCUUAUCAGGAGUUUUUUGAAAAACAAUGCGAGUCAGUUGACCAUUAAUGGCCUUUUCUGCUUACGUGAUGGUCUUAAAGAACGUGAACUUUGUGUUUUUUUCCGUAAUAAUCACUUCAGUGCCAUGUUUAAGCUUGAUGGUGAACUUUAUCUUCUAGCUACAGACCAAGGUUACAUAAAUCAGCCUGAUUUGGUGUGGGAAAAACUAAACGAGGUCAAUGGGAAUACCUUGUUCAUGACGGGUAAUUUUAAGGAAUUUAAUGUGGAAAGUCGUUCAAAUGACACUUGGGAUGAACAUAAUGCUUUGACCAGCACUGCUGACUUUCUUGCCACCAUCAAUAGCUCUGCACAAGCGGAUAUGGAUGCUAAUUCUGAUCUGCAGUUGGCAAUUGCUCUGCAACAACAAGAGUUUGAGCAACAACCACAACGACAAAAUUUGCAGCAACCAUCCGGUGUUGGUGGAAGUUCAAGGCUGAUCACCGGUCCCCAGAGCGUGACUUCUAGCCCUCUACAAAGAUUUUACCUCAUGAUUGCAAGGAAAAUAUAUGGAUUUCUUGAACCAAUGGGCAUUUGGCAGGUGGCAAGAAACAAUGGCCGGAAUCCGUACUCGUCUCCUUCCCCCAAGCCUGAAGCAAAAUCAAAAGAAAAGUGUACGGUAAUGUGAGAUUUGCCAUUUGCUGUCAAUGGUGUGUGGGCCCCUUUGUAUUCAAUGGAAUUACUCAAACCUUAUUUACCGUACACAUGGUUUUAGACAGUUUUGUGCUGUAAAUAGUGCAAGUAUAUAGUAGCGCAUGCCAGGGUAGGCCCACCAAUCUUAACCCCCCUUCCCCCCCUCCCCCCCUUUUUUUUAGUUAAUCCUGAAAUAAUAGGCUGAUUAAGAUCGUCUUCUCUCGACCACCUCGAAGAAGAUUGAAGAUAAUGGGUAGGUCCUUUUUUGUGAUAGCCUUGGUUGUUGGAGAUAUUUGUGUUGGGUGGAAAGGUAGUGGCAUGGAGGAGGAGGAGGAGGACCACCUUAGGCCACGUUCAACCCCACAAGUUUGUCUGUAUAAAACCUUUUGUAUCAUUGGUGUUUCCAUUCAAAUAUAAUGUUUUUAUAUAUUGAUUGCAAAA